AUGAAGAAGCCGAGCGGUGUCCGGCGACUUGUCCUCGGUGGCGAAGGUUUCAUGACGAGACCGUCUGAUCUCCGCGUCCGCCUCGUUGCCCGGUGGGCGCUCCUCGCCGUUGCACUUCUCUGCGUCCCCUGCGUCCAGGCAGCCCUCCUCCCCGGGGCCGACGUAGGUGGGGCCGUCGACAGCGACGAUACCUUCUUACCGGCGCUCCUGCGGGAUCUGAGGCGCCGCGGCCUCCUUCGGCCCGAGGGCAACGUCGUCAUCUUCGAUGACAUGAUCGCCGGCGAUCGCAGCGCUACCUUGCCGGACAGCUCCACCGACUUCGUUUUCUCCUCCUCUGCCGUCGAUUUCCGUCGCAUUGAUCGGAUCCUGAAGGCCGGUGGCGUCGUGGCCGUUCGAUCAGGUUCCAAUCCGCCGGAUUCCUUCCUCCCGCCGGCGAACUACCGCACGGCCUACGUCGGGCGGAUCGGUUCCGAUGCGGUCGUAGCGAUGAGGAAGUCCUUCGCCAGCGGCGAGGGGGGAAUGAGGCUGCGACGGCUACUGGCGGUGCCUGCAGCGAAGAAGAAAUCUCUGAGAGGACUGGAAAGCGCGAUGCUGGAGCCGCCGAUGCAGCGGGAGUGGCGGCGGAGGGCGAGGUACCUGCCGCAGCUGACUGGGGACGAGCUGGACGGGUACCCGCGGCGGGUGUUCGUAGAGGUGGCGGCAAAGGGGGAGGCAGGCAGCGGCACGGCGUGGUUCGAGCGGAACUAUCCCCGGAAGGGGCGCGCCUUCGAGGAGAUCCGGGUGGAGGUGGAGGAGGGGGACGACGAGGGAUCGGAGGCGAAGGAGGGUACAUCAUCAUCGCUGGCAGAGUGGCUGCAGAGGAACGUGCGGGAGGAGGAGUACGUGGUGGUUAAGGCGGAGGUGGGGGCGGUGGAGGAAGCGAUGGCGGAGGGAGCGAUCGGUCUGGUCGACGAGCUCUUCCUCGAGUGCGAUCACCAGUUGUGGGACGAGGACGAGAAGGAGAAGGGGGCGAGGAGGGGCCGGCGGCGGGCGUACUGGGAGUGCCUCGUGCUCUACGGGAAGCUAAGGGACGCGGGCGUCGCGGUUCACCAGUGGUGGAGCUUCUGA